UAACUGUUAUUCCAAUAAUUUCAAGCUUACAUUGCGGUGGCAUUUUAAGAAGGUAUUUCAAGUGGAGCCAUUGCUGGCAUGUCUAUAGCAGCAGUUGCUGGAGCAUCUAUUUUGGCAUUUUGUCUGUAUGUGGGGGUAUAUGGAAGGAAGAAGAAGAAGGAGGAGGCUGUGGAGAUAUCAACUCUCCUUGCAGUAUCCCAACACCAGUACGUUCAACAUAGACAUGGUAUUACCAUGGACAAAUCUGUUGAGUUCUCAUAUGAAGAGCUUGCAAAAGCCACUGAUGACUUCAGCCUGGAUAAUAAGAUUGGGCAAGGUGGCUUUGGAUCUGUUUACUAUGCAGAAUUACGAGGAGAGAAAGCUGCAAUUAAGAAGAUGGAUAUGCAAGCAUCUGAAGAAUUUAUUUCUGAACUGAAGGUUUUAACUAAUGUUCAUCACUUGAACCUGGUUCGCUUAUUAGGAUAUUGCGUUGAGGGCUCCUUUUUCCUAGUUUAUGAGUAUAUCGAGAAUGGCAACUUAAGUCAACAUCUGCACAGCUCAGGAAGGGAUCCAUUGCCAUGGUCUACUAGAGUGAAAAUUGCAUUGGAUUCUGCAAGAGGAAUUGAAUACAUCCAUGAGAAUACCGUUCCAGUCUACAUCCACCGUGAUAUUAAAUCAGCAAAUAUACUGAUAGACAAGAACUUCCAGGGAAAGGUUGCAGAUUUUGGGCUAACAAAAUUGACUGAAUAUGGAAGUGCUUCGCUGUACACACGUCUUGUGGGUACAUUUGGAUACAUGGCUCCAGAAUAUGCUCAACAUGGUAAGAUUUCCCCAAAGAUAGAUGUAUAUGCUUUUGGAGUUGUCCUCUAUGAACUAAUAUCAGGCAAGGAAGCUAUUGUCAAGACAGAUGAAUAUGUUCCUGAAUCAAUGGGACUUAUUGCUUUGUUUGAAGAUGUACUUAGCCAGCCUGACCCAGAAGAAGAUCUUCAUAAACUUGUGGACCCUAGACUUGGUGAUGAUUACCCGUUUGACUCUGUCCAGAAGCUGGUCCAGCUUGCCAAAGCUUGUACACAAGAAAAUCCUCAACUAAGGCCAAGCAUGAGGUCUAUAGUGGUUGCACUAAUGUCGCUUUCAUCUUCAACUGAGGAUUGGGAUUUUGGUUCUUCCUAUGAAAAUCCUGCUGUAGUCCAUCUAAUGACAGGAAGAUAACCAUGAAGACUCAUGCUCAUUAGUGAUGCACGCCUUGAUAAAUGAUAAGUGACCCCAUGAAGAAAAAGUCCUAAUUAACAAUUGUUUUGGAUAUGUCCAUCCUCUGUAAAUAUCUGUCAAUAAGUACCAUAGGUGAUUUGAGAGAGGGUGGAAGAAAUGUAGAUAUUGUGUAGUAGUUUAUGUCAAUUUGUCUUCAGUUUUUCAA